AGCCAAACCCCCUGCUGCUUAUAAAAAUGCCAUCUGAAAUCUGAUCCUAAGCGAGCCGACAGCAGCCUGCCUGUGGUCACUGUAAUCCUAGCAGAAUAAGAUUAUCUCUGUGUGGAAACAGUAGGCCGGGGUGGGGAGGGCACUCCCAUCAGCUGUGUGUCUAAGACUGAGCCUCCUGAACCCACCAUUAAUCUCUGCACACAGACACACCUUGACAGCUUUCAUAUAAAGCUUCGCCCCUGACUGGACUACAGCAGUAGCCCUCGGUGGGAUGAGGAAAGUCUCCAAAGUGACGUCUUGAGCAUCAACACCUUCAAGCAAAGAAAAAAAUGGACCUUACAGCAACCAUUUCUGCUCUUCUGCUGCUGCUGCUUCUGGGCAUCUGUAAUGCUCACCAAGGCAAUGAUCUCAGUGCAGACGAUGAGAUCUCGGCGGUCCAGUCUGCCAAAGAGGACAUUAGCACCGUUAUCCUCAGAAUGAACAAUGGAUCCAGAGACUUCCUGCUCGAAGGAGACUUGGUAAUUCAAAAAACUAGGACGGCUAUGAAGUGCAGAAAUAAAGUGUAUUCCUGUCUGUGGCCAAAGUCUGCGAACGGAAAUGUGGAAGUCCCUUACAUUAUUAGUCACAAAUAUGAUAACAGUGAGAGGAGUGCGAUAAUACAAGCAAUGAAGGAUUUUGAAAGGCAGACCUGUAUUCGCUUCGUUCCACGUAGAUUUGAGAGAGCGUACCUCAGCAUUCAAUCAAGAUUUGGUUGCUCCUCUCUGCUGGGUCGCAUUGGAGACAGACAGAUGGUGUCGCUGCAGAGGUUCGGCUGCAUUGAUCACAGUAUCAUCCAGCACGAGCUGAUGCAUGCUUUAGGUUUCUACCACGAACACACUCGGAGCGACCGCGACCACUACGUCAGAAUCAACUGGGAAAACGUCCCAGACUAUUUUAAGAAGAACUUCAACAAGCAGGACACAGAAAAUCUCAACAUUCCGUACGACUACAGCUCUGUGAUGCACUAUGGAAGAACUGCCUUUGGACUGUACGGAGCAGAAACUAUAACUCCCAUCCCUGACGAGUCUGUCCCCAUCGGCCAGAGGGAGGGUCUGUCCAAAACUGACAUUCUCAGGCUCAACGUGCUCUACAAAUGUUACAGAAUAUAAUCGUUGCAUCAUUUCUUUGUAUGUAGUCAAUUAAAUUCUGUCAUGAAAGCAUUUUCUUCUCUGUUUCAAGUUUCAGAAGGAAAAUCAGCAAAAAAUAAAGUUGGGAAAUAUUUGCAAAAAAGGCCAAUGAAUUUAAUUAGACACAGAAAAAUUGACUGAGGGGCAAAUAUAUGGCAAUAUCUUCAUAAUUGAGUUCAUUUCCAUUUCGGUUCAUAGUAAUUAAGUCUGGGA